AUGUCCCGUAAUAAUAGGAAACGGGAUGCCCAGAGCAGUAGUUCCGAGGAAUUGGACAGUGAGGAAGAAUCUCGCCUAAGAGAUAUCAAGGAAAGAGAUGAAUUUGCUGAACGUCUCAAGAAACGAGAUGAGGAGAGGACAAGGAAAAUUAUGGAAGCCUCCUCCAGUAGGAAGGCAAUUGAGGAGGCUGCCAAACGAUUGAAAUUGGAGCUGGAGGAUAGGGAUAAAAUAUUGCCCAAAUUGCGUAUAGAAUCACGUAGGAAAUAUUUGGAGAAACGUAAAGAGGAUAAGGUGGCGGAAUUGGAGGCAGAUAUUUUGGAUGAUGAGUAUCUGUUUGAGGAAUCGGUUCUCACCGAAAAGGAGAAACAGGAACGUGAAUACAAAAAACAAUUGCUGACCAUCGCCAAGGAACAUGAAAAGGCCCGUGAACUGGAACGCAUACAGAGAUAUCAUAUGCCCAGAGAUUUGAAAAAGGGUGAAAAGGAAGAAUAUGUCGAGGUUGAUGAAAAUGAGAAAAUGCCCCACUCGGAGCAAAAGAAAUGGGAGGCAGAACAAUUGGCAUCAGCCCGUUUUCAAUUUGGUGCCAAAGAUGCCAAGGCUCAGGAGGAAUAUGAACUGUUACUGGAUGAUCAAAUUGAUUUUAUCCAAGCCCUGACUAUGGAUGGUUCGAAGGAUAAAUCAUCGAAAGAGCCAGAAUUAUCGGAGGCAGAAAGAAAACGUAUGACCAUCGAAGAGACAAAGAAAUCAUUGCCCGUAUAUCCGUUUAAGGAGGAUUUGAUAGCCGCUAUAAGGGAACACCAGAUCCUAAUUAUCGAAGGUGAAACUGGUUCGGGUAAAACAACACAAAUCCCCCAGUAUCUGGUGGAGGCAGGUUUCACGGAGGACAAAAAGAAAAUUGGCUGUACCCAGCCACGUCGUGUGGCUGCCAUGUCUGUGGCGGCACGUGUGGCCGAAGAAAUGGGAGUGAAACUGGGCAAUGAGGUGGGCUACAGUAUACGUUUCGAAGACUGUACCUCAGAACGCACAAUCCUCAAAUACAUGACUGAUGGUACCUUACACAGAGAAUUUUUAUCCGAACCAGAUUUAGGCUCCUACAGUGUCAUGAUUAUCGAUGAGGCCCAUGAACGUACAUUGCACACAGAUAUUUUGUUUGGCCUGGUCAAGGAUAUUGCCAGAUUUCGUACGGAUUUAAAAUUACUUAUUUCCAGUGCCACCCUGGAUGCUGAGAAGUUUUCACAAUUCUUUGAUGAUGCCCCGAUAUUUCGUAUACCCGGCCGUAGAUAUCCUGUAGAUAUUUUCUAUACAAAAGCCCCCGAAGCAGAUUACAUUGAUGCCUGUUGUGUAUCGGUGCUGCAGAUUCAUGCCACCCAGCCUUUGGGUGAUAUUUUGGUUUUCCUAACGGGUCAAGAUGAAAUUGAAACAUGUCAAGAGGUAUUGGCGGAUCGUGUCAAACGUUUGGGUUCGAAAAUUAAAGAGUUGAUUAUUAUACCCGUUUAUGCCAAUUUACCCAGUGAUAUGCAGGCGAAGAUUUUUGAACCCACACCACCGAAUGCACGAAAAGUCAUCUUGGCCACAAACAUUGCCGAAACUUCACUGACAAUUGAUAACAUCAUUUAUGUCAUUGAUCCAGGUUUUUGUAAACAAAAUAAUUUCAAUUCCCGUACCGGAAUGGAAUCUCUUAUGGUUGUACCGAUUUCAAAGGCAUCGGCAAAUCAGAGAGCAGGUCGAGCAGGGCGUACAGCACCGGGUAAAUGUUUUAGGUUAUAUACAGCCUGGGCGUAUAAACAUGAAUUGGAAGAUAAUACCGUGCCGGAAAUACAGCGUAUCAAUUUGGGUAAUGCAGUGCUGAUGUUGAAGGCCUUGGGCAUAAAUGAUCUGAUACAUUUUGAUUUUUUGGAUCCACCGCCUCACGAGACAUUGGUAUUGGCCCUGGAACAGUUGUAUGCCUUGGGGGCAUUAAAUCAUCAUGGGGAACUGACAAAGCUGGGUAGGAGAAUGGCCGAAUUCCCUGUGGAUCCCAUGAUGGGGAAAAUGUUAUUGGCCAGUGAAAAAUACAAAUGUUCCGAGGAACUCGUCUCCAUCGCCGCCAUGCUCUCGGUGAACAGUGCAAUUUUCUAUCGGCCCAAAGAUAAAAUCAUACACGCCGAUACGGCUAGGAAAAAUUUCAAUCAUGUGCAUGGUGAUCACUUGAGUCUCAUGCAGGUCUAUAAUCAAUGGGUCGAAACGGACUACAGUACCCAAUGGUGUUAUGAAAAUUUCAUACAAUAUCGUUCGAUGAAAAGGGCACGAGAUGUCCGCGAACAAUUAGUGGGACUUAUGCAGCGCGUUGAAAUUGAUAUGGUCUCUUGUCUGCCGGAAACAACAAAUAUUCGAAAAGCGAUUACAGCGGGAUAUUUUUAUCAUGUGGCGCGACUAUCGAAGGGUGGAAAUUAUAAAACAAUUAAACACAAUCAAACGGUCAUGAUACAUCCAAAUUCAUCGCUAUUUGAGGAAUUACCACGAUGGGUGCUCUAUCAUGAAUUGGUAUUCACGACCAAGGAAUAUAUGCGUCAGGUUAUUGAAAUUGAGAGUAAAUGGUUGCUGGAGGUGGCACCACAUUAUUAUAAGGCUAAAGAACUGGAAGAUUCAACAAAUAAAAAAAUGCCAAAGGUCCAGGGGAGGGCAACAAUGACCGAAUGAAAACAUUUAAAAAAAUAUUGUUUUUAUUUUU